CCACGGCACCACCACAACCAGGCCGUCACCAUCACCUCCACAACCACCACCACCAUCUCCGCUAAAACAACCACUGGACAAUUAGAAGUCAGUUGUUAGAGAAUUUCUUUGUUUUAAAUGUUGCCACGUUACACUGCAUACCAAAGCGCUCACGCGCGCGUCCGUUUCUUCUAACAAAAGAGAAAGAGUGAAUGGACUUUUCAUCUCCCUCUUACGUUACUUGUUUAAUUCUCUACAUUAUAGUGCUAUAUAUUUAAUAACUUUAUCCAAAAGUGUUAGUUUUGCAAUUCACCCUAGGAAAAGCUCAAAAAAGAAAAGAAAAAAAGAAGAAGCUGAACUUUAUCGACAACUUGAAUAUCAUGGAGUAUGUCCGCCUCCCCCAACCGUCAUAUUGGUGACCUCAUCCUAUCUUUUUGUAAGGAACCAAACAUUGAAAACUAUAUGUUAAUUAUCAUAAUUAAAUAACAAAAUUCAAUUUGAAAAACUAAAAAUAGUGUUAUAAUUAAACUUAAUUCCUUGGAUAAAGCUUUAACAUUUUUUUUUUGGGUUAUAUGUUGUAAGUUUCUUUCUAAUAAGUCACAAUCUUUACUUCCUUUUAUAAUUAUAAUGAUAUUAAAUUAAAUAUAUAAUAAAGCAUAUGUUACUUUUAAAGAAAACUAUUUUUGGAUUAAAUUUCACUUUUACUGUAUUUAAUAUGUAAUCUCAACAUUUAUAAAAGAUUAUCGUCAAACAAGUUUAUAUCAUAAAUGUUAUAUAUUUAUGGUGUGACCAUUUAAAUCUAAUUAAUCUAUAUAUGGUGUAUGUAGUAUAUAUGACUAAAUGACCGUAUUUGCAUAAGUGAAAAUGGUGCAUCGUCCAAGAUUCUUAGAAAAAUUGUUAGUCAAAUCAUUCUUUUAAUCAAAAUUUUAGAUGGUAUCGACUUGCUCCGAGGAAGAAGAAGUGAGAAUAAGAAAAGUGUUUUUUAGGGUUUAUCAUUCUCCUUGACUUUACAAAACGUGAAAUUGGCUUCCUUUGCAACAGCUUCUCUCUUCGCAGACUGAUCAAGACAGAAAUCUGUUCUUCUGAAAACGAUAGCCGCUCUAGUGAUGGUGAAAGUUACAAAGCUUGUGGCUUCACGUCCAAUUGUGGUCUUUUGCGUCCUGGCAUUUUUGGUGGUUGUUUUUGGGUGCAUAACGAUCUCGGAGUGGCGAACAACAACGGAUAACGUAGCCAAAGACGUCGCUUCAUUUACCAAAGAUCUCCGGACAAGUAUAGUUUCCGAGAUUGAAAACAUCGGAAAAUUCACAUAUCCCAAGACAAACUUAUCUACAAUCGGCUUAGCGAGAGUUAUAGAUUCUUAUCUCACCAACAACGACAUUGGUUUCGCAGAGAUUCAAACACAGAUUGCACCAUUGUUGUUUGAAGCUUAUUCAACGAUCCCUCAAGUCUCACAAGUUUCCUACAUUAGUAGGGACGGUCUCUUCUUUUCUUACAUUGCAGAAUCAAACACAAGUGUCGCUGUUUUUGCCAAUUCGUCGUCAAAUUCAAGUGGUGGAGACUACACUUGGUACACUCAAAACAUUGAUCAAUUAACCGGUCGUCUCAACGGGAACGCAACGAAAUCUCAGCCGUUAGAUUUAACCCAUACAGAUUGGUUCCAAGCAGCACAAAGUAAUAAUUACACUACCACCUUUCUAGGAACGAGUUUGGGAGAAAAAGAUAACGAGACUCUGAUUCAGAGCGUGGUUAGCUUGUACAACAAGAAAGGUCUUGUUUCGCUAGGGUUUCCGGUUAAGACUUUAACCGAUGUUUUGAACAGUUUGAAUCUACACGGCGAAGAGCUUUACAUGUGGACAAAGGACGGGACGGUGCUUGUUCGUGAAGGUUCACUGAAUGCUUCUUUCUUCAUCUCCAAUGGCUCGAUAUGCUUUGGUAGAGAUUCUAAAUCCGUCUGGUCUCAAUGCAUCUCUGAAAAUUGCAGUACCAUUGGCUACAAGGUGGAGAUCAAAAGAUCAACAUAUCAAGCUUUUUGCUCUGUUCUUGAAGUUUCGGGUGUUCCUCUGAGAUACACACUCAUGUUUCCCAACGAAGGAGGAGCAACACGAAUCAAGCACCAAGCGGAUAAGGCAAUGUAUCAACUUAUUGUGGUUGUGAUAUUUCUUGGCUUGGGUUGGCCUGUAUGGUUUGUGUGGUUUAUGAUGCAAGCAACAAGGAGAGAGAUGCGUAUGCGUGCAAUGCUGAUAAACCAAAUGGAAGCAACACAACAGGCUGAGCGAAAGAGCAUGAACAAGAGUCAAGCAUUUGCAAAUGCUAGCCACGAUAUUAGAGGUGCCCUUGCAGCGAUGAAAGGUCUGAUAGAUAUAUGUCGUGAUGAAGUUAAACCUGGCUCCGACAUAGACACCACUCUCAAGCAAGUGAAUGCUUGCUCCAAGGAUUUGGUUGUUCUGCUCAACUCUGUUUUGGACAUGAGCAAAAUCGAAAGCGGGAAGAUGCAGUUAGUGGAAGAAGAUUUCAACUUGUCAAAACUUCUUGAAGACGUUACCGAUUUUUACCAUCCCGUUGCGAUGAAGAAAGGGGUGGAUGUAGUUUUGGAUUCACACGAUGGCUCAAUUUUCAAAUUCUCGAAUGUGAGAGGGGAUAGUGGCAAACUGAAGCAGAUUCUCAACAAUCUUGUCAGCAAUGCUGUCAAAUUCACAGUCGACGGGCACAUUUUGAUCAGAGCUUGGGCUCAGAGGCCAGGUUCCAAAAGCUCUGUGAUCCUUGCAUCAGACCCUCAAGGUGUGUCCAAGUUUUUAAAGAGUAUGUUAUGCAAGAAUAAAGACCAGUCAUCAAACUACGAAGCAGAAAUUUCGAAUUCCAUAAGAAACAAUGCCAACACGAUGGAGUUUGUGUUUGAAGUGGAUGAUACAGGUAAAGGGAUACCUAUGGAGAUGCGUAAAUCGGUGUUUGAAAACUAUGUUCAAGUAAGAGAAACAGCUCAAGGACAACAAGGGACUGGUUUAGGGCUUGGGAUUGUGCAGUCUUUGGUACGAUUAAUGGGAGGGGAGAUAAGAAUCACAGACAAGGCCAUGGGGGAGAAAGGAACAUGUUUCCAAUUCAAUGUUUUAUUGACAACAUUAGAGUCUCCUCCAGUGAGUGACAUGAAAGUGAGACCAGAUAUUCAAGCAGGAGGCGAUUACAUAUCCACGCCAGACCUCGGGCUAACUAUAAACACUUCACUGGGAGGUAGCAUGAAUAUACGCAACCUGAGUCCUAGAUUCAACAAUUGUCUCAGCUCAAGUCCGAAGCAAGAAUGUUCUAGAGUGGUUCUCCUAUUGAAAAAUGAAGAACGUAGGAGAGUUACCGAGAAAUACAUAAAGAAUCUUGGGAUUAAAGUUACAAUGGUGGAGAAAUGGGAGCAUUUGAGUUAUGCCUUGGAGAGACUUUUUGGAUUUUCACCUCAGAGUUCCAUGGGAAGAGCAGAGAGUAGUUUGUCAUGUCCAAGCUCAAGAGAGUUACCUUUGAUUGGCAUGGAUGGUAUUGAUUCAAGAAGCCAACUUCCUAAAAGGAGAAGCACCAGUUUCUCUGCAGUUGUCCUUCUGGUGAUUGAUGCAAAAACUGGACCACUUCUUGAGCUUUACGAUAUUGUCAAACAGUUUCGUAAAGGCUUGCCCCAUGGAAUAACCUGUAAAGUUGUUUGGCUUAACGAAUCGAGCACUCGUGUAAGUGAGAGAGGGGACAUUAGUUGUUCGAGGCCCUUGCACGGAUCACGUCUUAUGGAAGUCUUGAAGAUGUUGCCUGAAUUUGGAGGAACUGUGCUAAAAGAAACACCUACUGAGCUGCAAAGGGAAUCACUGCUGAGACAUUCUUUUGUUGCAGAGAGAUCACCAAAACAUAAAUUCCAAGAAGAAGGACCAUGCUCAAUGUUUAACAAAAAGUUAGGUAAGACGAUAAUGGCACCAACAGCUUCAGAGAGCGAGACUAGGAUCAAGUCAGUGAGUAGUGGUCGAAAGCCUAUUGGAAACGCAGAGGACGAGGAAGGAACUUCCAAGCCGAGUGACGAUGAAUUCUUAAGAGGAAAGAGAGUUCUUGUGGUCGAUGAUAACUUUUUAACACGUAAAGUUGCAACAGGAAAGCUGAAGAAGAUGGGAGUUUCCGAGGUCUUACAAUGCGACAGUGGAAAAGAAGCUUUGAGAUUAGUCACUGAAGGGCUUACACAAAAAGAAGAACAAUGUUCAGUAAAUAAGCUUCCGUUUGACUACAUAUUCAUGGACUGCCAAAUGCCAGAAAUGGAUGGAUAUGAAGCAACUAGAGAGAUUAGGAAAGUGGAGAAAAGUUAUGGGGUGCGUAUACCAGUUAUAGCGGUAUCUGGUCAUGAUCCUGGUUCAAGAGAAGCAAGAGAAACCGUUCAAGCUGGGAUGGACGCCUUCUUAGAUAAAAGCUUGAAUCAACUUGCAAACGUCAUUAGAGAAAUCGAGAGCAAGACGACUACUCUGCACUAGUAUUGUAUAAGUUGACAGUAUGCAGCAUUUUGCUAGUACCAUGUUAUAGCAGUUUACUUCUCAGUUUAUUCUAAGCUUCCCGUUGUUUUUGAGAAGAAUAUGCCACUUCAGACACAAAA